AUGACGGAAGCCGGCAUAAGCCAGGAGCAGGCACGCCAUACAGCCGGGACCGCCAGAGCGAGGGGUGCUUCCACCAACGCCCCAGCUUGCAUCUCCGACUUUGUACCAAAUACAUUGACGAUGUCCACGGCAACCGCUCACCCAUCGCCACCGGCGUCCCCGCAACGCUCAGGUACUGGCAGUGGCGCGCAGUCCGCAUCCUGGGAGCGCGAGACUCGACAAGGGCAAUCCAACGGCGCUUACGCGACCAGCGGGAGAGAAUUAUCACCAGGCUACCCUUCCCCUCCCAUCUCACCCCAACACCAAGCUCAGGCGGGAGCAGUCAAGGGCGCGAUGGGCGCUCCUGCUGUGCCCAGCGGCAGAGCGGGUGCUGCAGAUGUAUCGGGAUAUGCCAGCAUCGGCGGCGCCAGUCACGCCAUGCAGCAGCAAUCUCACCCGCCUAGCAGAGCUGCUACGGGCGGGCAGUCGCACGCGCACAGACCAGUGUCGGCAAUGCCAGUGUCUGCCAGAAGCAACGCUUCUUCCACUACUGGCGUUGUCGGCAACGAUGCUGCUGCAGUGAUGGCUUCGAUGAAUGCGGGGCAGAGCAAUUACAAUGACAGGCGUGCGACAGCUCAGCCCACCAUGACCUCUUCUCAGACUGCAGGCCCAGGGAGCGGCUUUAGCGUUCCACCCCUGCCGUCCUCUGCGACGGGGCUUGACUCGACCACGUCUCAAGCCAUCAGCAGCGGUAUCCCCGUGACGUCUCCAGCUGCGCUGUCAUAUUUUGCUGCGCAUCCUCGUAGACAGCAAGUACACUUCGGAGCUUACCUCCUCCUCCAGACUCUGGGAGAGGGCGAAUUUGGCAAGGUCAAGUUGGGCGUGCACAAAGAGUGGGGAGAGGAGGUGGCGGUCAAAUUGAUCAAGCGGGACAAGAUUGGCUCACCUGAUGGUCAGCUCAACAUCAAUGGCCCCAAGGAUCCGGCAAAGAUGUCCAAGGUGGAGCGUGAGAUUCAGGUGCUCAAGGACGUGAGACAUCCAAAUAUUGUACGUCUGUACGAAGUCAUUGAAUCUGACAGAUACAUUGGCAUCGUGCUGGAGUAUGCCAGCGGGGGAGAGCUGUUUGAUCACAUUUUGGCCCACAAGUAUCUCAAGGAGCGCGACGCUUGCCGGCUCUUCGCGCAGCUCAUCUCGGGCGUGUCCUACUUGCACAAGAAGAAGAUUGUGCACCGCGAUUUGAAGCUGGAAAAUCUGCUACUGGACCGCAAUCGCAACGUGAUCAUCACCGACUUUGGAUUCGCGAACAACUUCGAAGACAGGAGGGAUGACCUCAUGGCCACGUCUUGCGGCAGUCCCUGCUACGCAGCACCCGAGCUCGUGGUUCAAGACGGUCUGUACGCAGGCUCUGCCGUCGACGUGUGGUCUUGCGGAGUCAUUUUAUACGCCAUGCUCGCAGGCUACCUGCCUUUUGACGACGAUCCGAACAACCCGGACGGUGACAACAUCAAUCUGCUCUAUAAGUACAUCAUGGCCACUCCCUUGUCCUUCCCAGAGUAUAUUAGCGCCGAACCGCGCGAUCUCUUGUCCAAGAUGCUCGUACCCGACCCAAGGCGUCGUGCGGACCUGCAAGGCGUCAUGGCGCACAGCUGGCUGGCGCCUUAUCGCGACCUUUUCAGAUUCAGCGUCGACGAGCUGGAACGUGCAGCAGUGGAGCAGCAGACGAAGAAGCGCCAAGUCUACAGACAACAGAUGCAGGUCCAGCAACAGCUUCAGGACCAACAGCGCUCCGGUCGCGGACCGGCAUCCCGCGCGGGCGGUAGCUCCGGCAAAGCUGCCCCCGAUCCACGCCAAUCACGCCAUCAGAGUGCGAUGCCAACAACCACAGCGAGCCGCACCGAGUCUGCGUUGUACGACAAUUCUGGCGCGCACGCUUCUCGUUCGCGGCCCACAACUGGUAUGCCUUCGCAACCCGCAGAUUUGCCAGCAGUGUCUGCUCCUCCAACACCUGCCUACAGCACGCCACAAGCUCUUGCGCAGCUCGGUCCAGAGGAGCUGAACCGCAUGCCCAAUGAGCCGCGCAAACGCGAAGCGCCUCCCGAGUCGAGUGGGCACCAAAAGACACCCUCUUCUCAGAAGCCGCAGCGGCACACGAUUCAGCUGGAGUACGAUGGAGACAAUCGUAGAGCAGCACAGCGCAACGACUCUGCGCAAAACGCGCCACCCGUCCCUCGCGUCGACAAGAAGGGCAGCGCGCCUCGUAUUGGUGUGGACGGCGCCUCGGCUCCCGUCACCUCUCAAGAAGCUGCUGUCAUCCCUGCAGUGCCGGCUCUGGUACCUGCAGCGGAGAGACAGGCGUCGAUGAGCAAGGGCUCCACCCACACCUCUCCAGCUCGCGAUGUUUCUGGAGCUCAGAACGGAGCGUCUUCUGCUACACCCGAGGAUCAUUCCAUCUUGCCAACGACCAACACAUCUGAGUUUAGCGUCCCUGCUCCCUCUCCACGCAAAUCAGCUGGUGGCCGCCCAUCGACAAACUCCGGACGUGUUCCUUCGAAUCCGCUGCCCGCAGGCAACCCACCCUCUACGAAUGCGGGCAGUAGAAUUGUUUCCGGCGGCGCUCAGCCGGAAAAGACCGACGCGGACAGCUUGGCGAAGAUCCAAGUUUCGCCUGAACGACGCAGCUCGCGUCAUCGCAAAGGCAUGUCUACGGACAAAUUCUCGUUUGCCCGCUUGCUUGGCUCGAAUGUCGCGGCUGAGGCCAAUCCUGCAGCUGAAACGUCUGAAAAGGCACCUGUCGACUCCAACGACUCCAAUGGAGCUACGCCAGUCACGCCUACUCGCGACUCUGCAGCUGAUCGCAAGGGCAGCUCUUCGAGCGGACGCCGCAAGGCAAUGAGUUUGGUCGUUGGUCGACUCGGCGAUCAAUCCUCACCAGCUACUCGGGAUCGCGAAAAGGCGCAACAAGCUGCUAAGGUUGCAAAGGAAGAGCGCAGACUGACGGGUCGCGCGCGCAAGGAGAACGCAUCGCAGCUCGACACGCCCAAACGCGCCGGACCCGCUUCUUCGACGGCUUCUCAACAAGCUUCGCCAGCGACUAAUGCAUCAAUUCGGUCUGCUCGCACCCCCUCGAAGCAGCCUGCUGGCAGAUCCGCCAAUGGAUCGAACCGAGCACAGGGCGCCCUCUUCGACGAAAGCGUCAACGAAAGCUCUUCCACCGUCGGACCAUCCAGCAGCGCGGCCAAAAAGGUCAUGGACUGGUUCCGAAAGAAGAGCUUAUCUCGGGGAACUUUCAACGAGCAGCCUCCGUUCGGUCCCUUUGACCGCGACCCUUCGGCCAGCGAGGUAUCGAUCGAAGCUUCCCUUGGUCGGAAACAGGCCAGUGGUUCUCAAGCGACAGAGGCGCCUCGCGUGGUCGUCACUGGCGCGACCGGCGCCAACUUUGCAGCGGGCGCUUCGGCUCAACCCAUGGAAUCUGUUCCCUCUUCGCGCUCCACAUCGGGCACUCACAGCCAGGCAAGCCACGCGACGGAGAACACCACGCUCACUUCGCUUUCUGCCUCGUCCAACGCGGCUCCAGGCGUCAAGUCCAGCGGAGCGUCCACUGUUCAAGCUGGCAGACCAGGCGCAACGGACUCUCCCAAUGCCCCUACCCCUCGCGCUUCUUCGAGAGGAGGAGCUUUGUCGCCCGCUUCGCCCCAAGAUGGCGGAUUCGCUGUUCCCGCAGCUCCGAUCACACCGAGAUCUCGGGCAGCGCAAGAAGUCAGUCUGCGCUUCCACCAAGGAGCGGUGGAUCAGUCGGCUCUCACUUCCAGACCUCCGCUAGAAGUUUUUGCAGAGGUGCAAAAAGUGCUGCAAGGUAUGGGCAUCGAAGUGAACAAGGAGCGCGACGAGGAUUACAAGCUCGAAUGCGUACGACGCAAAAAGCCAAAGACGUUGAUCGGAGCUGCGCAAAAUCUGGGAUUGGGCUUACGCUCUUCCGUCUUCCCGCCUACGCAAGCGGAUUACGAGAGGUCCGCACGUCCGCCCUUGUCGCCUAGCGGCAGCAUUGCUGGUCAGUCGCCGGCCAGUGGGCCUGCAGGAAGCAUUCGAAGCUUCCUGCGCCGAGGCAGCCAGCAGCAGAGCGUGACACUUGCCAGUGUGGCCAACGGCGAAGGAUCCACUUCCAGCGAUGCUGCAGGUGCUAGCACAGCUGGGCCACCGCAGCCGCUAUACGGAGAGGCGUCGGUGGAUGGAGGGCAAGAAGUUCGCUUCUCAGUAGAGGUGACGCAGAUCAAGAAUUUGGCGGGACUGUACAGCCUGGACAUCAGGCGGAUGAAGGGAAAUCUUUGGGCUUACAAGUUCCUUUACCAUGCGCUCUUGGAACGGUGCGAGUUGGGAGGAGGAAGCGCGGCUCAGUCCCCCCGCACUUUUGCUGCGGGUGAUGCUAUUUCCGGCGUGCCUGCUUGAAGCGGAAUCUGAGCGUUUCGCAGGAGCUCGUUUGUUCGCCUUUCUUUGACAAAGCACCAUUUCUGUCCGCAUGUAUCACUUCUCACUCAUCCCCUGCUCGCCCUCAUACGCAACAUUGACAAUGGUCAGAGCCAAGGCAGAUCCGUCACAACGUCUUGCAUCUCUCCCUUCCGCGAAGCACAUCUUCUCUUAAACGAUCCUCCUUCAAGUUGAUCUCCUUGGCGCACGCGACACUUUGCUACGUUUUUUCCAAUCCCAUUCACACCCCAUGCCGCGACAUUUUGCUGCGCUCGCUUUCUCAAUUCAAACCUUUGCACGCG